AUGCCACAAUCACGGCUUUCUUUGACGAUUCGGCUACUUGGAGGCUACACAUACCCGUAUGUGGCCGCCGCCGCAGUCGUGCCCCCUGCGACUGCGCCAGCCCACGCCCCAACCACAGCGGUGGCGCCAGCACCCGCGCUGGCCGCGCCCACCGCGCCGGAGCCACCCGCCGCGGACGCCCGGGAAGCAGAGCGCCUGCGACGGGAGCUGCGAAAAGCAGAGGAGAAGGCCAACUUCUUUCGGAAUCAGGUGCUCACCCUGCAGCAGCAGAUUGCGGCGAUGAGUUCGCCCAUCAUGGCUCAGCAGGACGCUUCGCAGCUGCCGGAAGAGUUGGCGCGGCUGCGGCAGGAGCUGAACCAAACGCGACAGGAGAUGGGGCAACAGCUGGAGCACAUUUCGCGUGCCUGUGGCGUGCCCGACGCUGAGAGCGCCCUGGCGCUACUGAGUCGUGCGCAGGCACAGCGGGAGGAGCUCAGCGGAGCACAGGCGCAGGUGGAGGCGCUGCAAAAGCAACUGUCAGUGACCAGGCAGCAGCUGGAGGAGCGCGUUCUCCCCGAUGGCCCCAGCUGGACGUCGGCGGUGACGGUGCCGGCGCUCUCCUUCCCGGAGCUGGGCACUGGCAUGGUGGUCUCAGAGGCCUUCGGCAUCGACUUCCUGGACCCCAAGUGCCCAGCAGGUGGCGAGUCCACAGCGCGUCGCACCGGAAGCGCCCAAGCGCGGCAGCGCGAACGCGGCGUUCUGAAGAGACCCAAGAGAGCCUUGAUCGUGGGCUGCGAUUACCCGCAGAAGCCUGGGACGAUCCGUGCUGGGAUCAUUGAUGCCAUGCAGUGGUAUCGCUUCUUUCAAUCCAGAUGUGGCUUCACGGACAAGGACAUGCGCCUUCUGGCGGAUGAUGCCUCCAAUGUCCCAGUGGACAGCCUGAACGCCACGCGGGAGAACCUGCUGCGAGGCUUGGCAUGGCUGGUGGCCCGGAGUGCUCCAGGCGAUCAGCUUUUCUUUAUCUUCUGCGGUCAUGGCGCUCAGAUCCCUGUGCAGGAGACUCCCGAGAGUCGUCUCUGCGAGUGCGCGCUGGUUCCCUCCGAUGCCAUAGAUGGCAAGGAGAACCCGCGGAUGGUUCGGGACUUUGAGAUUCAUCAAGCCUUGGCCACGCUGCCCUCAGGUGUUCAAGUCACCAUGAUCGUGGACGGCUGCCAUGCUGGACAUCCCCUGGAUCGUUUGGGUGACCAUCGCUUUCAUGCUGUGGCCAGAGGGCACGUGGACUACGAGAAGCUCCGACAUCACCCAGUGCUGCCGAGGUUCUUCGAGCUGCCGGACUGGAAGCUGCAGACGGCCUCGCCGAUGGGCCUCAGCUUGCUCCGGUGUCAGGCGGUUCUCUUCAACGCUUGUGCCAACCACCAGUUCUGUGUGGAGCUCCCCAUCGAUGAGUGCAAGGCACGUGGAGUCUUCACCUAUAUCUUCAUGAGUGCCAUCCUGAAGGCGGGCGUCCAAGCCUCUUGCGGGCAGAUUCUCUUCGAGGCCAAAGAGCUCACAGCGCAGCUCCGCGGGAGAUACCCGUUUUGUGAUCCAAGCCUUUCAACUGAACUGGUGAAGGUCUAUCUUCUUGCCUUGGCACCCCGCUGGGAUCGCCACAAACUCAAAGUGACGAGCUCCAAUGCGACGUGGCGCGACGGCGAUGCUGACCACGACCAUUUGGACCGCCCCGGCCACGCGACGAUGUCCACCACGUCCGAGCCGCCGGCGGCCUCCGUGACGGCCUCCGUGACGAGCACGCCGUGGGUUGGUCGCACCGUUCGUCGAGGCGGUUGGAAAGAGAAGGCGCCGAAGGUGGUGGAAGUGAAGAAGGUUGUGUCAAAGUCGAAGGUGCCGAGCGUCAAGGAGGAGAGAAAGGUUUUGACUGGGAAGUUGGAUGGAAAGGACGAUGCUGAUGCCUUGCGAGCUGCAGUGAUCAUUGUUGGAGCUGCCAGAUCACUCUUGUGGAAUGUGGUUUGUAGCAACAUCAAGACGAGGCUGCUGGAUGGUUUGGCCACACCUGUGACAGGGCAGCGGCGCUGGAAAUUGGAUGUGAUCCGCCCCUGUGCCAAGCUGCUGCAGCCGGUCUACAUGGAUUUCAUGGCUCCAAAGUAUGAGCCUCCCAAACACCACAACUGUUCGCUGGGGAUGGAGCCCAGCUAUAGCAAGCGAAGGGACCAAGCGCGUGCAUAUUCCCAAUGCAAGCGCUUAGAGAUCGCCUUUGACUCGGUUUUUAAGGACUUUGAGCCCAACAUGAGCUACAAGUACAGCGCCAUCGUGCGUGCACGACCGGAUGCAAUUUAUUUAACCACUGUGCCACCACUCUCGAGCUUCAAUCUGUCGAGAUUUACAUUCUCCACUGGAGCAGUCUCGGACCACUGGCACGUGGUGGGACGCGGUUGUCCGUUGGUUUCACCCUACUGCAUUCACUGCCAAGACCACUGGCCACAGCAGUUGGAGACCCGUUGCCACGUCUCCCCCGAGACGGCAGUGCUGGACUCGCGCGUGCAGCUGGCGGUGGCACGGGAGCGCGAUGUGGAAUGUGGACGCUGGAAGGUGCGCCUCACCAAGUAUGCGCCGCAGACCUACCAACGUGUUCGUGGCAUGUGCGACGCUGAAGCGCUGAAGUUCCUCCGUGUGGAAGAUGGCCCGACGUUGCUCAGCUGCCCCGAGAACCGACCCUUUAAGGAGUUGCAACGCUUUGGACAGCCCUUCUGGGGCCACUUCCGUCGAAAGAAGCUGAAGCUCCCCGAGACCAGCAUGAUGCCCUACGGCCUUCAGAUUGUCGACACGCCUGGCAUGAUCGACAUGCCGGUGAAGUCCGAGUCCAUGGCCGGAGGCAGAGGCUACAACUUCUUAGAAGUUGUUCGGUGGUUCGCGAAACGUGCAGACCUCAUCCUGCUGCUCUUUGACCCGGACAGGCCUGGCACCACGGGUGAGUCCUUGGACGUGCUCACACGCUCCAUGGCGGGGUUGGACCACAAGUUUGUGAUCAUCCUGAAUAAGGUGGACCAGUUGGAUAGCAGCGUGGACUUCGCCCGUGCCUAUGGGACACUGGGCUGGGCACUCUCCAAGGUGAUCCCCCGGAAGGACAUCCCACAGAUCUACACCAUGUACAAUGCAGGUGUCGAGCAAGAGAACGGGGUGCGGCAGCACAAGCUACCGUUGGAGGCCUUCCGGCAGAAGCGUGAGGAGGUGGUGGCGGAGGUGCUCCGAGCACGGACCCGCCACUGGGACAACGUGAUCACCGCCACAGAGGAGCCCCAAGGGGUGUUCCGAAGCCGAGGGGUUGGAGAUGGGGCAUUUUUUUUUCCAUGUGCCGAUGUCGACACUCAUUGUGGACUGGUGAUGAAUAACAAGAAUCACACCCCUUAG